UUAGGCAAUUUGGCCAUUACGAAAUUGUUAUUAACAACUGAACUAGAAGUAGUUGCUGUAACGAGUUGAGGAAUCUUUGACAUAGCUUGAGAUGAACAAUCUUGAAGCUUGAGAUAAAGAAGAAGGCGUCGGUUCCAACAAUGAAUCAAAGAAGUUGCCUGAGGUUUAAUAGUACAAUAGUGAGGAAAAAUACUCAAAUUAUCACGGGCAGAUUUUCUGACACUUAAUUAGUUUUUGGUAAUUGAAGGUACAUGCAUCAAAUUGUGUAAGUAAAGAGAGAAGUUAGGAUUAGUAGUGGUUUUGAAACAUGAAGAACCAGAACCUUGAACUUUCAGACCUUCACCUUUACCAAUAUAAAUCCGGGCCCUCAAAGUCGCAAAACUGUUGUAUGUUUUGUGGUUCUCCUGUCAUGGAAUGAGGCUCCUGAAUCAGGUAUCCAGUUGGAGUUACACCUAUGAGUUGGCUAUGAUGGCACUUGGGACAACUUGGUUAGUACUAGGCUGAUGUUGAUUUCUUGUAGUAGUGGGAUUACCCGAGGUGUUUGAUUUAGAAGUGAGCCGAGACUGAUUAGUAAAGUACAUCAGCGGUUGAUUCAUAAUAGGAUCAUAUAGAAGAAGAUAUUCAUUAGGUUGAUAGGAUGAAUUUACACAGUAGUAACAAAUAUUAGUAGUGUGACCAUAUUUGAAGCAAAUCUGGGAUUGGAAGUUAGCAAAUCCGACCACCAUGGCCACAAACACUGUUCAGAAAAAGGUGGUUGACUGAAACUUCAACGAGCAUCAUUGCUGUCAUACUGCGAGAUUGAAGAGUUAGGGUUCACAUAUAAUUGUCAAUAAUUUACCAAAGGAGGGUAUGUUUUCUUCUGAAAUCUGUUACUUCUAGAUUCAUGGGCAAGAAGAAAAGCUUCAACUUCCAUUGUUGGAGGUAUUUCAAAUUUACUUUUAAUGACAGAAAUUACUGGAGCAAGUUACUGUGGGAGACCUUUAGGAAUAGCUUCAACAUAUUCAUCCACGGAACUUCCAAUUCCAGCAAGUUCAGCAAUGGAUUUAUUUUUUCCCAAUAACUCACGCAUAGUUUUGUUGUCAAGAGAGAUGGCAGGUAGAUCGUGUGAAUGCCUUGAUUUGGUGAAGAAGUGGUCAUAAAUUUGUUCCCACAUCUUAUACAAGUGGACAGAUCCAGGGACAUGAGACAAGAUUGACUUUGAAAGCGUAGACUCUAAGUAAGCAAGUUUUGAUCUUGGACUUCCCAUUCUUCAUAAGUUGGGUUUAUUUCUCCAAAAGCAUGGUCAUCAUUUGAAAGAAAGUGAGGAGGAACCACUGGGUUUACAACAAAUCGAUGAAAGUCUAUUAGACUUUAUGACAGUUUCAACUUCUUGUUUCCACUAAAAAUAUUUGGAAUCAUCAAGUUUUUCAGUUAUCGAAUUAUGAAAAUGUUGGGAGACAGAAGGGAAGGAAUUGCGGAACAAUUCCUAGCUCACGAUACCAUAUCGGAGUUUUAGGUAUGAAAAAAAAAUUAUAUUAACAGAAAACCAAUGGAUUAUUGUUGCACUGAAUGAGAAAAAGAUACAAGCUGAACAUAUAUGGGCUCAAGAAGAGAGUGACAAACUAAUCAUAGCAGAAAAACUGAUAAUUAACUGUCAUCCAGUAGAAUAACUGCAUCUUUACAUUUAUAUAUGUAAUAUGUUUGAAUCACUGAGAUAGGUCAUGUUUCAAUUUUGAUAGAGAUUCUGAUUCAACUCCAUCCUUGUCUCUCUCUUUCUUCACCCAUUUGUUGUGCUUGUGGUCAUGAUAUAGUUUUAUAUGUCUGCGAAUACAACAGGUCAGGAGUGUUCCUCUUCAUUUGGCAUUUUUUAUGGAGGAAAAGGGGUGUGUAAAAGCUUCAUCAUUCUUAUAUCUAUGUAAUAUUUUUUGUUCAAAUACUUUCCAAGAGAAUAGCCCUCUAUUGUGAUGAGUUGCAUGAACCAUUUCGUAGUUAGAUUUACUGUUAGCUGGAUUAUAUAGGGUGGAUCUGCCUAAAGUAGGGAAAAAUGUCCUGUACUUUUGGACAAUUUGUUUAGGUGCAGUUACUCUAUUGCAGUUUUCAAAUUGUUAGGUGCAGUAUAUGUUAUAUAAUAAGAUAAGUGAUACCAAUUCAGGAUGGCUUUCACAGUUGUGACUAUCUAGUCCAUUGACUAUGAAUACAUGCUAUUGUUAUUUUGUGUUAUUUGGUAUCAUUUGGUGUGGGAUUUCCUACCAUUCACGUAGUGUGUAUACAAGAACUUUAUGUUUUGGAUUCAAUUCAAACUCUAAAAGUGGGCAAAUUCAGCCCCAUUACAUUUUCUGUAUGUUUGACUCUGAUGUAGUUCAUUUUGGGUGUGGCUCUCUGAUGUGUUCAUGCUAAAAAAAUGUAUAUGUAUUUUUAAAGGUUAGGAAAUGCGUAUUAAAUCUUGCUGUAUUUGUUGCAAUACUGUAUUGCAUGACCAUGUCCUUGAACUUCUUUUUCAGAAAAGUGAUGCUACGAGUGGAUGCACGGCAAGGAGCUCCAAAGGAUGGAAAUUCUCCCCUUGAACUUUUUGAGGUGGAGAUUUAUCCCCUUAAGAUUCAUUUAACAGAGACAAUGUACAGAAUGAUGUGGGAGUAUUUCUUCCCAGAAGAAGAACAAGAUUCACAACGUCGACAGGAGGUUUGGAAGGUUUCAACCACUGCUGGUGCAAGGCGUGUAAAGAAAGGUUCACUUCUUGAAGCUUCUGCUUCAAGCAGUCAUUCAACAAAAGAGUAUGAGGCCCCAUCCAAGUCUGGCAUAUCUGCAAUGCUAUUUCCCACAAGUCAACCUUCAGUCCAUGUUGACUCAGCUCAAGCAUCAAAAACACAAAAUGCCAAAGCAAACUCUGGUACUGGUAAUGGUACUGGAACUGGUUCAACCCCCGAGUUGAGAAGGACAUCAUCUUUUGACAGAACUUGGGAAGAGACUGUGGCAGAAUCUGUAGCUAAUGAGCUUGUGUUACAAAGCUUCUCUUCCUCAAAAAAUGGCCAAUAUGGUUCUACCAAGCAACAAGAUGAAGCAGCUAAGAAUAAAUCAAAAGAUUCCAAAGGUGUGAAAGGUGGUCGUUCAUCUCAUGAAGAAAAAAAGGUGGCCAAGUCUCAUGAAGAGAAGAGAUCUAGGCCACGAAAGAUGAUGGAGUUUCACAACAUAAAAAUUAGCCAGGUUGAGUUAUUGGUUACAUAUGAAGGGCAGCGAUUUGUUGUAAAUGAUCUUAAAUUACUGAUGGAUCAAUUUCAUCGAACUGAGUUUACUGGAACUUGGCGAAGACUCUUCUCACGAGUUAAGAAACACAUCAUCUGGGGAGUCCUAAAGUCUGUAACUGGAAUGCAGGGUAGGAAAUUUAAAGACAAAGGCCAGAGUCAACAUACUGGUGCUGGUGUUCCUGAAAUUGAUCUUAACUUUAGUGACAAUGAAGGGCAGACAGGAAAAUCUGAUCAAUAUCCACCAUCGUGGCCUAAGCGUCCAAGUGAUGGUGCAGGUGAUGGAUUUGUAACAUCCAUUAGAGGAUUGUUCAAUACUCAACGCCGCAAGGCAAAGGCAUUUGUGCUCAGAACUAUGAGGGGUGAAGCAGAUAAUGAUUUUCAAGGUGAUUGGAGCGAAAGUGAUGUGGAUUUCUCGCCUUUUGCUCGGCAGCUCACGAUCACGAGAGCCAAGGAACUUAUUAGGAGGCACACUAAGAAGUUCCGUUCGAGAGGACAAAAAGGUUCAUCUUCACAACAAAGAGAAUCACUACCAUCGUCGCCACGAGAGACAACUCCAUUUGACAGUGAUUCUUCAAGUGGAUCCUCACCCUACGAAGAUUUUCAUGAAUAGAAAUGUUGUCAUCUAAAGGAUUUCUUACUUGUCUGCUGAGCACGACGCUUAAUUCUUAAAGUACUCACUAUACAAGAGCGUGAGAGAGGAUAUAUCUAUUAAGAAGAAGUUGGGUUGAAAGCUAGACAUCUUGUCCAAGGGCGAUUGGAAUGGAAAGUGAACUUUGGACUCGAUAUACUGUUGUGUAUUUUCUGUGGCAAACCCAAGUCAUCGGUGAAAAAGAGCCUCGCUUUCAUCUUCUAUGCAACAUCAAUCGCACAUCUAACAUUUCUAUUCGUGUCCACAACUUCAGUGACCGGUGAGGACCCUUUUCUUCAUCUCUUGCGUUGUUUUCGGGUUGUAUAUUCCUGUAGCUUCUGUUCAAUGUGCAAUUUUUGGCUUCUUAAUUUAUUAGCAAAUAGGAGCUUUAGAGGUUGACAUCAUUAUGUACAUACAUUUGAUUAUAUUUUGAAAAAUAGAAUAAAAGCAAUAUCUUCCUUUA